AUGAGCAACACCGAAUUAGUGAACGUCGCGGUACCUCAGCCCGCCACAUUGCCUACUGUCGUUGAAGACCAUGAAGAAACUCACCAGCGACCGCAGGAUGAAGAGGGUGAUCCAUCGACUGGCAGACGAAGGGAACAGCAGCUCGCGCCCGUAGAUGGUGGAUCUGCUGCUUGGACGCUGCUCUGCGCUGCCUUCAUCUUUGAGUCAUUGCUAUGGGGUAAAUUCACAUCCCUGAUCAAACUCAAAUUUGCUGACAAUCGCUAUGUUUCCGUUGUGGGCACCAUAGCAUCCGGCUUCGGUUAUCUCGGAGCACCGGUCAUCAUGCCUAUUAUCCAGCGCUAUCAGCGGUGGCAGCGGCACAUGAUUUGGGUCGGGUGGUCAAUCUGCAUUGCUGGACUCGUCCUAGGCUCCUUUGCAUCCACUUUAGAGGGCCUUAUCCUUACGCAAGGCGUCGCUUACGGCGUCGGAUUCCUCAUAUUCUACUACCCCAUCAUCAGUAUGGUAAAUGAAUACUGGAUCGCUCGUCGUGGCAUGGCUUACGGCGUUCUUUGCGGUGCCUCUGGUGUCUCAGGGUCCGUCAUGCCAUUCGUGCUGCAAGCACUUUUGGCAAAGUACGGGUACAGAACUACUCUGCGCGCUGUGGCCGUGGCUCUUGCGUUGCUCACUGGACCGUUUAUUCCUCUCCUGAAGGGUCGUUUGCCGCCAUCAGAACGAGCCAGUAUCCGCAAAAUCAAUUGGACGUUCUUCCGAAGUCCUCUAUUCUGGGUAUACUCUGUCUCCAAUCUACUGCAAGGACUUGGGUACUUCUUCCCUUCUCUGUACUUGCCCUCUUAUGCAUCAUCAUUAAGACUCGGCGACCGGAGUGGCGCACUUCUGCUUGCGUUGAUGAGUUCGCUCCCAGUCUUGAUUUUCUUUGCUAUCGUUUACGGGCUUUUCGGGGCAGGAUUUACUGCCAUCUGGGCGAGGAUGAGCACCGCCAUCACCGACGACGUGACAUCAGGGCCAAUUGUCUACACCUUACUCAACUUUGGUAAGGGUAUUGGAAAUGUGCUCGCGGGACCUGUCGGAGGGCUUUUGGUUUCCAAACCAAACUCGACCGGAGCUCCAUCAUCGGUGUCUUAUCGUGGAAUCAUUAUCUUUACCGGGACUUGCAUGCUCGCGAGCACUUGCAUAAUUUGCUUGCGAUUUACAAAGCACCUCAGCAUUUCGCUUGCUCGGUUCAAUGUUUUGGUUAUGGUUCGGGGCGCAUCAAAAUUUCCAAUUUACCUCUAG